CUAGAGAGGGCGGGCCCGCGCACGCGCUGUGUCUGAGUUUUGGGGUUCCGGAAAUGUGACUCUGAGAAAUGAGAUGGAGAAGUACGAGCGGAUCCGAGUGGUGGGCAGAGGUGCCUUCGGGAUUGUUCACCUGUGCCUUCGCAAGGCUGACCAGAAGCUGGUGAUCAUCAAGCAGAUCCCAGUGGAGCAGAUGACCAAGGAAGAGAGGCAGGCAGCCCAGAAUGAGUGCCAGGUCCUCAAGCUGCUCAACCACCCCAAUGUCAUUGAGUACUACGAGAACUUCCUGGAGGACAAGGCUCUCAUGAUCGCCAUGGAAUAUGCACCAGGUGGCACCCUGGCUGAGUUCAUCCAGAAGCGCUGUAAUUCCCUGCUGGAGGAGGAGACCAUCCUGCACUUCUUUGUGCAGAUCCUGCUGGCGCUGCAUCACGUGCACACCCACCUCAUCCUGCACCGGGACCUCAAGACCCAGAACAUCCUUCUAGACAAACACCGCAUGGUCGUCAAGAUUGGUGACUUCGGCAUCUCCAAGAUCCUCAGCAGCAAGAGCAAGGCCUACACGGUGGUGGGUACUCCAUGCUACAUUUCCCCUGAACUGUGUGAGGGCAAGCCCUACAACCAGAAGAGUGACAUCUGGGCCCUGGGCUGUGUCCUAUAUGAGCUGGCCAGCCUCAAGAGGGCCUUUGAGGCUGCGAACCUGCCAGCGCUGGUGCUGAAGAUCAUGAGCGGCACCUUUGCGCCCAUCUCUGACCGGUACAGCCCUGAGCUCCGCCAGCUGGUUCUGAGUCUUCUCAGCCUGGAGCCUGCACAGCGGCCACCGCUCAGCCACAUCAUGGCGCAGCCCCUCUGCAUCCGGGCGCUCCUCAGCCUCCACACCGACCUGGGCAGCGUCCGCAUGCGGAGGGCAGAGAAGCCCCCGGCCACCGGGCCACCCAUGGCCCCCGGCAGCACAGGGGGCAGGACCACCAGUGGCCGUUGCAGAGGUGUUCCCCGGGGACCUGCCCGGCCGGCCAUUCCACCGCCCCUGUCAUCGGUGUACGUGUGGGGUGGCGGGCUCAGUGUGCCGCUGCGGCUGCCAAUGCUCAACACAGAGGUGGUCCAGGUGGCAGCGGGGCGCACGCAGAAGGCUGGCGUCACGCGCUCUGGGCGCCUCAUACUUUGGGAGGCCCCGCCCCUAGGCGCUGGAGGGGGCCCCCUCCUCCCUGGGGCGGUGGAGCAGCAGCAGCCCCAGUUCAUCUCCCGUUUCCUGGAGGGCCAGUCGGGUGUGACUAUCAAGCAUGUGGCCUGUGGGGACCUCUUCACGGCCUGCCUGACUGACCGAGGCAUCAUCAUGACCUUUGGCAGUGGCAGCAAUGGGUGCCUAGGCCAUGGCAGCCUCAAUGACAUCAGCCAGCCCACCAUUGUGGAGGCCCUGCUGGGCUAUGAGAUGGUGCAGGUGGCCUGUGGGGCGUCUCAUGUGCUGGCCUUGUCCACUGAGAGAGAACUAUUUGCCUGGGGCCGCGGAGAUGGUGGCCGGCUGGGACUAGGCAACAGGGAGUCCCACAGCUGCCCCCAGCAGGUACCCAUGCCCCCAGGACAGGAAGCCCAGCGGGUUGUAUGUGGCAUUGACUCCUCCAUGAUCCUCACUGUGCCCGGCCAAGCCCUGGCCUGUGGGAGCAACAGGUUCAACAAGCUGGGCCUGGACCAUCUCUCCCUAGGGGAGGAGCCUGCCCCACACCAGCAAGUGGAGGAGGCCCUGAGCUUCACACCACUAGGUUCUGCACCCCUGGACCGCGAGCCCCUGCUGAGCGUGGACCUGGGCACUGCUCAUUCAGCUGCUGUAACUGCCUCUGGUGACUGCUAUACAUUCGGCAGCAAUCAGCAUGGGCAGUUGGGUACCAUCGCUCGCCGGGUCAGCCGGGUACCUUGUCAGGUCCAAGGCCUCCAGGGAAUCAAGAUAGCAAUGGUGGCCUGUGGGGAUGCCUUCACUGUGGCCAUUGGGGCAGAAAGUGAAGUGUACUCUUGGGGCAAAGGGGCCCGAGGUCGACUGGGAAGGAGGGAUGAGGAUGCUGGACUCCCUAGGCCAGUGCAGCUGGAUGAGACACACCCCUACACAGUGACUUCUGUGUCCUGUUGCCAUGGAAACACUCUCCUGGCUAUCCGCCCGGUCACAGAUGAGCCAGUCCCCCCUUGAGGCACCUGGAUACACCUCUGGACGACCCCAAUAUUGCUUCUCCUGUAAAUGUUCUUGAAAAGUGCAGGUGCCUCAGGCAUGACCAGCCCCCUGGAUUGUAUCAUCAAUGGGGUAUAAGAACCAGUAAAGCCCCUGCUCUGCCUUUGGCCCUGGAUAUGUAAAACUCAACCCACCCUAUUCCCCCAACGUCCCUCUUUCCCCUCCCCACCCCUUCUUAUCUUUAGUCAACGUCCCCAGCGUUCAGCCUGGCUAGAGUUGGAGGCCAGACGUAACUUUUGGAAGCAGGGAGGUCUCCAGAGCCUCUGCAGAAAAAGGCUGGAGGUAGCUGUGGCUCCACCUAGAUGCUGCCCCUUCCCCCAGCCCAGUUUGAAAAUAAGUCGCAGGUGUCUACUGGGAGCGCAGCUCAGUGCUUUGGAGUAAGGCAAGCUGGGGCCUGCCUGUUCUGGCCAUUCCAGAGGCCUAGCCCCUGCAUUGCCUGGGGCAGGGAGGUCCCGGGAGUGCUACCACCUGCCCCCACUCCUAUAUCCUGAGGCAGGGGUUUACACAAUCUGAGUGCCUCCCUUCCCCUGGGGGAGUGCAUGGGCUGCAGUAUACCGCAGAGGACAUCCCUGCUGAAGGUUGCCCUUAACCCCAUGCCAUUCCCCCAAAGCACGUUGGGAGAAAGGGUAGCUGGCUGGACCAGACUAGUUUCCCAGAUGACUGGGAAAUAGCGCCAAUAAAAAAUCAGCUGCC